GGUUGCUGCUGUAUUUGAUCGAUCCUAUAUAGAAAGAACAAAUUAAGAUGGAAAAUGAAAAAGAGAAUGAGCAGGAGACGAUUAAAGAGAGAAAAGGGUCGUGGGCAAAGUUGCGAUAUGUGGACUCCCUCAACAUGGAGGCUGGCAGAAUUACUGUUUCUCAACCCCACAGGCACACCUCCCAUGUACAUUGGAAGGUAACAUUGCGUUUAGCAUUUCAGAGCCUAGGGAUGAUAUAUGGUGAUGUAGGUACCUCCCCAUUGUACGUGUUCUCCAGCACUUUUCCGGAUGGGAUUGACCACACCGACGACGUUUUGGGAGUGUUAUCUCUCGUUAUCUACACCAUUAUCCUUUUGCCCAUGAUCAAAUAUGUCUUUAUAGUCCUUUCGGCUAAUGAUCACGGUGACGGGGGGACAUUUGCGCUGUAUUCGUUGAUAUGCCGGUAUGCAAAGGUAAGCUUCAUACCAAAUCACCAGCCAGAGGAUAGACAACUAUCAAACUACAACCUAGACAUACCAUUCAACCAUUUGAAAAGGGCUCAAAAGAUCAAACACAAGCUCGAAAACAGCAGAUCCGCACAACUCUCGCUCUUCCUUCUCGCCAUUCUGGGAACUUCCAUGGUCAUUGGGGAUGGGGUUCUUACUCCCUGCAUCUCAGGUAAUUAACUAUUACUCUGACUUUAGACUAAUUUUUUUUGGGAUUGGUCAAGUGAAAGCAUGACAAUAAAUGAGAAAUUUUCUCUCAAUCUCAUAGGUUUUGAUUCCACUGCCAGCCAUUAAUUUGUCCAACUGUUAGAUUCAUGGCACCGAGAUUAAUCAAGGCGUGUAUACACAAGAAGAGACCCCAUUAAUUUGUCCAACUGUUAGAUUCAUGGCACCGAGAUUAAUCAAGGCGUGUAUACACAAGAAGAGACCCCAUUAAUUUGUCCAACUGUUAGAUUCAUGGCACCAAGAUUAAUCGAGGCGUGUAUACACA